AUGAAUAACUUGGGAAAACUGAACUUAGUUGAUGAUAAUGAAACGUGGUUUUAUGGAGUGCGUGACAGAGAUGAACAAACUGAGCAUAUAGAUGAGAUUGUUUCGAAUAAAAUGCAGAAACAAAAACAGAAGCGAAGUCUUUUCGAAGAUUCAUUGGGUUGUUUUGUGGUUUACAAACGACAGAAUGAUGCGUUACAAAAGUGUGACCAAGAAGGACCUAUGGCACGAGUGUUUGCAUUCGAAUAUUCCACUGAUCAUCCAGGACAGAGAAAGUAUCUUGUAUCGACAGUAGAACGAUUCUGGCAGUGGUACAAGAAACAACACAAUGUUUCAUUUUACGAAUUAAUACCACAAAAUCGUCCUGCUCAUCUCUACUUUGAUCUUGAAUUUUAUCGCGAUACGAACCCGAAUGUUAAAGAGGAGAACUUGAUUAAAGAUUUUAAUGACUGCGUUAGUGAGAUGUUGGCGGAAAUGUUUGGCCUUAACCUGGAUGCAGAAAAAGAAAUGUUGGUGCUUGAUGCUUCAACAAGUACCAAAUUUAGUGAACAUAUUAUCAUUCAUUUGGUCGAUAACUGUUUAUUUCCAUCUAACAUUUCUAUGAAAUCCUUUAUACAACAACUGAAGGAAAAAAUGAUGUCAUCUGGUCGAUGUUUAGUUUGGAAUGCCGAUGCUACUAAACGGAUGACAUUGUUUGAUGUAACUGUUUACUCAGCGAAUCGUAAUUUUCGUUUGUAUUUGUCGUCAAAAUUGGGAAAAAACAACCCCUUAGUGCUUGCGCAACGUUGUAAUUUUUAUGUCCACAGAAAAUACCUUCCAAGAAAACAAAUUUUUCUCGAUUCAUUAGUUGUACCUGCCAGGUACAACACUUCGGAAAUCUUUUAUAUCCCAAUAGCUAAAAAUGAGAAAUAUCCAUGUAUUCAAAGGACAGAGCCAGAAAUUCUUGCACUUCCCACCCGAGUUCCUGCAUCAAAUGGAAGCGUGGACUGCAUGACUGGUCGUGGAGCAACUUCGCCUUUUCCCAUAUUGGACCAACAUAUCAUUGCCAUAAACAGAAGAUGGAAAGGUAAUGCAUCCAUUCGGCAAUGGAAGUUAUCAGUGGAUAAAUUUACAAUGUCCCGACAUAUCAUUUAUUAUAUUUCAAAUUGUCGUUAUUGUUUUAAUAUUGGCCGAGAGCACCGAAGUAACGGAGUAUUUUGGGUUGCGGAUUUAGGUAAAUUACACUGUUUUCAAAAGUGUUUUGAUGUUGAUUGCAAUGGUAUCAGCUCGAAUUAUUUUCCUUUGCCGAAUUUUGUUUGCACUUUUUUACGAUGUACAAAAGAUCUGCCGUUGGAAUCCAAUAAAAUUAAUAUACAAUCAGAAAAUACAGAGGUUGAAGAUCAAACAGUUGGGAUGGAUAAUAUGUCAAAGCAGCUGUUGUUCGAUGUAGUAAAAGAAGCAAGAGUACUGAAUGAGACUGAAGUUCAGAAACGUACAUUAACAACUGGUUAUCGAUAUACCACUCCAGAAAUGGGCGAGCUGCAAAAUAGUCGGACUUUGUUUGAAUUAACGGAUGAGGAAUUGCUAGACGCUUUUGCUUCAGUAGAAAAUUAA